AUGCGGUUCGCACUUUUCGCCGGCCUGGCCUCUUUGGUAUCCUCAGUCACAGCAACCGCUCUGACCUACAGACUCGAGGCGAACGAGAAAGCAUGCUUCUACACAAACGUUGAGCAGAGCAACGCCAAGUUGGCCUUCUACUUCGCGGUCCAAUCCGGCGGAUCUUUCGAUGUCGACUACACCGUGACCGCACCGGGCGGCAAGAUCGUCCUCGAUGGAGCAAAGGAACGCCAGGGUGAUUUCGUUUUCACCGCGCAGAGCCUCGGUGAAUACACAUUCUGCUUCAACAAUGAAAUGUCCACAUUCGCCGAGAAGAUGGUUGACUUCGAGAUUGCGGUCGAGAACGAGCAACGAGCCGAAUUGCCCUCCCGUCAAGGCGCAAGCCCCGAACAAACUUCCAGCUUGGAGGAGUCCAUCUACAAGCUCUCUGCUCAACUUUCGACCGUCUCCCGCAACCAGAAGUACUUCCGCACCCGCGAGAACCGUAACUUCAGCACUGUGCGGAGUACCGAGCGUCGUAUCUUCAACUUCAGUGUUAUCGAGUCCCUGAUGAUGGUCUCGAUGGCUGCAUUGCAAGUAUUUGUUGUGCGGUUCUUCUUCCAGGGUGCCCGUAAAGGUGCGUACGAUUGGUUCUUGAAUUCCGUAGUACGGUCGUACAAACGGGCACAUGCACACCAUACAUGUGGUAACAUGGUGCCCAUGCGUGGCGAAUCCGAAUACAAUCAUUCAUGUCUUUUUUUGAGAUGUACUAACAUGAGACAGGUUACGUGUGAUAUGACUAUGAGCAUGAAGAUGAGAAAUAAUAUGAUGCAUUUUACCACGUUUUUGGCCUGGCAUGUUGACCUAGGUUAUCUGGGUCUUUACAAAAUCAAUUAG